AAUCUGCAUGAGUUUCGCAAAUGUGAAACGAAGUUUCCCCAGUAGCAGCAACUAGGGUGUUAGCAUUUAGCUUGUCACAUCCACCUCAGAUGUCCAUUUGAUUAGAAUAAAGUCAGUGGGCUCUUAGUGUGAGGAUCCACCGACGACUCCCCUCCACUGUGCCGGACCGAAGAGCGGCGUGUUCGCCAUGUUUGCGCCGAGAGGGUCCCAGUUAACCGGUAAUUGAAGCUGAUGAUAGCUGCGUGCUAUAAGCUAGCAUAGCCAUCUGAGCGUUUCACCGGUACAGGCGGACCUCUUUGUCUGACAGGGGAAGGCGUGCUCUUUUGUUAGGCUUCUCCCUUUGUCCGCUGGGUAAAAGGGGAACUGACUGGUCAGGCUUUCGCACUUAUCUGCAGUUCUGAAAGUAUUUGGAAAAUGCAAAAAGCGAAAAAAUAUUUCACAGAAGGCCUGAUUCAGUUGACGAUCUUCCUCAGUUUGAUUGGAGUUCGCGUGGACAUCGACAGCUACUUGAGCGGCUACUACACGCCACUGAUAGAGAUUAACUUGGGUCCCAGCUCAGCCUACACCCAGACACCCUUCCACAGCCUGAGAGACACUCUUGACGGAUACCCCGUGCACCCGAAAUGUCCCGAGUUGGACUAUUUCUUUGCGAGCCGCCGGCUGCUGGAUGAGGUGAAGACCCUGGGCUCACCGCGCUUCCCCACACAGUUGAACGCAUGGCUCGUCCACCAAGUGUCUGCCACUGACCAGGCUGACUGUGGGCCUUCGAGCAACGACAGCACCGAUUCGGGGUUGCAAAGCCCCGGGGAAGGGGCCAGGGAUGACCGUGAGAACCUGCCUUGUGAUGGCCCAGAGGUGUCCCAAACAACCCCCGAACUCGGGCCUUGUAGCAAUGGAGCCUGUGGCUUUCUCAAAGAGGAAAAUGACAUCCAAAUUAAAGAAGAGGAAGAACCUGCUCCGCUCACUCAGUUGGCUCACAGUUCCACACUGGAGCAAGAGAGUUUACUCGAAGGUAUUGCACUGUCUGACCCAGGAAGCCACCCUCCUCCUACCAUUGAUAUUGACCAGCACUGGAGCAGUUUACUCUCUCUGUCUGUCACUGACCUUGAUGACUUGGAUUCUCUUGUUACGGAUACUGACAUCACAAGUGCCAUCAGCCAGGACGUCAGUUUGCAUGAUGCCAUGGCUGCCACUGCUGGUGCCUUUGGUAUGACAUCAGAAAGAGGGGAGGUCCGACCAGUCACCCAACAAAGAGCCCUGUUCCGACUAGAAUCCACAGGAUCCUCACACUCAGAUGUGUCACCAGGGAUGGCCGUGGGCUUGGCUGCCCUCCCCUUUGCAACAGUAUGUAAUUUAACUAGAAAUGAGUUAUCGCAUAGUGCACUGGGUGGCUGUCUGGAUGAGGCAGUGUUUGACCAGAUCAAUCAGCUGGGUUUUGAAGGCCUCGACACCAUUAGCUCCCACCUGAUGGGCUGUCUCGAGAGCGUAGCACCACAGGCCCUUGAGGACAUGGACUCUGACUCUGGUCUCUCCCUGGAGAGCAGCUCUGGAGGUCCAGUCUCCCCAGGCUCAUCCGAGAUGUCCUCUUCAUCCAGUUCAUACUGUGAGGAUGAGUGUGGAGCAACCGGCUACAGCAGUGAUGUGGAUUCACUCCCUUCAAAAGGCAUUGCGGACUACACGACAGCAUGGUCACCUGUUGAUCUGAGUGAGAGUGUGUGGCAUGACCACAGCUACUCAUCACCUGCUUUCUUCAACCAGCCGUCUGUAACACUUUCCCACAAAGGUAUCAAGGAGGAGCCUUUCAGCGAUGACGACGACGAGCCAAGGUCGGAAGACAGGGAGCUGAGUCGCGAUGAGCUUCGGGCCCGUGCCAUGUACAUCCCCUUCUCUGUCCUGCAGAUCGUCAACAUGCCCGUGGAGGAGUUCCUGGAGGUUCUUGAUGGUCACGGCUUCUCCCCUGAGCAGGUCACACUCCUGAGGGACAUCCGCAGGCGGGGGAAGAAUAAAUUGGCAGCGCAGAACUGCCGCAAGCGCAAGCUAGAUGCCAUCACUGGGCUCGAGGAGGAGGUAGAAAGGCUACAAGCUCAGAGAGACAGGCUACUGAGGGAGAAACAGCUUACAGCCAAGACUAUGGGGGCUGUGGGCCAGCAGAUAAAGCAGCUGACCAGAGACGUCUUGGCCCGGCUGAGGGAUGAUUCGGGACAGCCCCUCAACCCAGAAAGAUUCACCCUGCAGUGCGGGGCUAAUGGUAGAGUAGUUGUUCAGCCCUUAAGACGGCCUGCUGUCUCCACAUCAACUGGCAACAAAACAGACAAGAGAAAGAAGGACAAAAAGCAGUGAUGCAGUACUUGCCAGAUAAGACUUGAGUUUUUAGUUUUUUUGAAUAUUUCUGAACUUAACUCACCAGACUCUGGGUUCGGGAUCUCCUUCUGUAUUAGUGUGUGUGGAUUCACCACUGUUGGGACCCUAACUGGGCGCAAGCUGCAAAAAGAAAAAAAAAACUCUGAACAUGAAUAAACAAAAAAUAAUCUCUGUACAUAAAAUAUCUCAUGGGAUAAAAUGUAGCUCACACACUGGACACAACGUUUGCAAAUUAAAGAUGGACAAGGCA